UGUCUGAUGUAAACAAACUGUUAAUCAUUCCCCGAUCCGAAGCAGUCACUUCACUAUUCCUAAUCGGAUUGAUAUUCCUUACUGUAGUGAUUAGAAUUAGAAUUACUUACAGUGCCUAGUAUUUUCGUGUGUUUAAGUUUUUAAAAAUGAUAGAAGUCAUCAAAGCACCUCUCAUAACCAAUUAUCGUCCUUGAAUGAUCAUUGUGUGCGACUUUCUGGGGGCUCAGGCUGCCUCUGAUGUAUUUCGGAUCUCUGAACUCUCCAACUGCAUUGUUCAUUAAAAAUUCCUUUUAAUGGCUUUCAGUUUCAGCAAUGCGUUAAACUCUGGGCUCCCACGCAGAGCAGGGGCCAGACCUCCUCCACCAGGACCACCUCCUCCGCCACAAGUGGGGCCGCUGCAGCUCAGACCUGGAUUCGGGCGAAAUCACCCUCAAUCAGAUCUAGAUGUUCAGCAACAGCAGCAACAUCAGCAAAUGGUGCAGCAACAGCUGAUGCAGAUGAUCUCAGCAACUGGACACUCCAUGCUUCCGCCCGGACAGCUCCUUUUAGGCCCGCAACAAUUUCCACCUCCUUCAAUUCUGAAUGAAAUGCAUCCACUAGAUAUGCCACCGUUGCUUAAAGAUGCUCCUCCACUUGAUAUGGGCCUAAUGGCCCAGGCACCAACCAAACCUCCUGUAAACCUUGGGGAUCUAAGUGGCGCACAGAGCCUUGAUGGAAAUGCCCAUUCCGACUAUGAUAAGGACAAAGAUGAUGGAGGGUAUGAGAAAAGGGAACGGAAGCGAAAACGUGAUCGAUGGGGGAACCAGAGCACAGAAAGAGACUACAACUCCAGCUGUGAAGAAAUCGAAAGGGACAAUCAAGACAACUCAGUCGAUUCUAAUCACGGAAAGUUGGGCGGUGCCGAAUCACAUCUCAGUACUGGCGGUGGGGGAGAGAGGCCUGGAGGUGGUCCGAUGUGGUCAAACCUGCUCCAGCAGAUGGGAACAUUUCCACCAGUGAUGGGCGUUAAUCCUCUUGGCAUCGUUGAGCCCAACAUGAAUCCACUCAUGUUUGGGAUGAUGCCGCAGGAUGGUGCAAUGAUGGAUGCAAAUAUAUUUUCUGCUGGGGCUCAAGGAGGUGCCAAAGAGAUAAUAGAGUGUAAAGACUGUAUACUUUAUCCACCGAAUCCCAACAUGUCAACACCAUCCACAAGAAAGCGCCCGCCUGGGUGCAAAACCAUCUUUGUUGGUGGCUUACCUGAGAAAACUACUGAGGAUAUGGUACGAGAAAUUUUUGCCCGGUGUGGUGAUAUAUCAAGCAUAAGACUCAAUAACAUGAAGAAGUUUUGUCAUGUUCGGUUUGUGGAAAUGUCAUCAGUAGACAAUGCUUUAUACCUAUCUGGCUACCGAAUAAAAAUUGGACAAAGUAUGGAUACCAUGUACAAUGGCCGACUUCACGUGGACUUUGCACAGGCAAGAGAUGAUCAAUACGAUUGGGAAUGUCAUUUAAGACAGUUGCAAAGAGAACAACGCCACCGCGAAAAAAUAGAACAAGAGCGCAGUCGCAUUCCGUCACCACCCCCAGUUCCGCACUUUAAUGAAGGAGAGGCCAACGCUCUUGUAGAAAAACUCAAAAAUGAGAGUUCUUUCAUGAAAGCCACGUCAGUUGCUGUAGCAUGGCUGGAAAGGGGUGAAUGUAUCAAACGCAAUGCACAUCUCUUCUUCUGCAUGGUGCAGAAUACUAACUCUCACAUCCGUCGCAUUGUAUCAGAGAAAGAGCUUUGCGAAGAAGAGCUGAAGCACGUUAAGGAGAAGACAAAGGCUCGCGUCACGAAGCUACAAGCCCAAUUCAAUCAGAUCGAACGAGUUUUCUCUUCAGCGUUGCACAAGAAAGUUUGGGAUCAUUUCACAAAAGCUCAGAGGAAAAACAUUGAAACGUGGAAGAAGCAGGCAGCGGAUGUGAAAAUGAAGGAGUUUCAAGAAAGUUCCGUUGUGGCAGGCGAUGAUGAAAUGGAGGUAUCAGACAGUGAAGAUGAGGCUGCCUCCCCGCUCAAGAAGGACAAGAAAGAUACUGCUGACACCUACAAACUAAAAGAGGAAAAUGACAGUUUACGUUGCCAGCUAGAAGCUUACAAAAAUGAAAUUGACUUAAUUCGCGUUGAUCACCAACAAGAAUUUCAAAACAAAGAGAAAGAGCUGAGGAUUGCCCAACAAACUUUGAAAGCGAUGCAGCAGCAAUUAUUAGAAUCCAAGCUGGAACUAAUGCAGAGAGAAACCAAAGUGAAAGAGUUGGAGGUGCGUCUAAGCUCCCAAGAUGGCGCCGAAACCGAACAAAACGCUCCAGAGAAAUCUGAAGAUCGAGAAGCAGAUUCUUCUGCCAACAUAACUUGCCCAUCCACGAAUAAAAUUUUAGAACGAGAUGCCAAAUUGAUAGGUCUUAUAUCCAUGUUCCUUCACAUUCAUCCGUUUGGUGCAGGGGUUGAUUACAUUUGGUCUUUCGUGCAAAAGCUAGAGCCAACUCUGAAACCAAACGAGAUCGAAACUCUGAUGAACCGUUUCCCAUCCAUUUUCCUGCAAGAGCUCGUCGGAAUUGGUGCUAACAUGGAACGGAGAUGGCAAUUCAUCGGUUUCAGACCCUCACUUGAUCUCCCAGCAAGUUGAUAACGUAAUACAUAGAAUACUAAGAAUUAGUUCUACGUUUGCCUACCACCCUCUUCCUAAGCACAUGCAUGUUUUUGCGAGAAAAGGGCUUAGUGAAAAGAGGGUUCAAAAGACUGUGCUUAAUUCCUCACAAGCUUCUCUUCCUCCAAUGUUUUGAGGCAAUGUUUUGGGGUUUUAAGUUAGGCACUGCAGAGCCUUGAUUAUCUGACAAACAUUCAUCACAGCUUUUCUUACUUUUUUCCCAGAGUUUUAACGUUUACUAUUACGUCAAUUAUUUAGCGUUUCUGAGACUUGAGGUAAAAACUGAGAUUCUUUUGAAACAUUUUGAAAGCUGAAAAUUAAAAAGAAAACACACAGAUAGUUGGUAAACUGCAUCACAUGUGUUCGCUGAAACGUGGAUAAACUAGAAAUCAUACUAAGAGCGCAAUUUUGAACAAGUUCAAAAUGAGCAUGUGUUGUA